AUGCAGACAAGCUUUCGAUUUAUUGUAAUAAGAAAAAUUCAAUCAUUGCAUCGAACUUGGCAACACGCUGACCAUUUUCCGCCUUUACAGCGUAGUUUCGUAGAGAUUGAGCCACCCGGUUGCAUUGAUGGAGACGGCAGAGGAAUUCCAGCAUAGCCUUCAGCAGGAGCAGACGGCGGUCUAGCGAUCGGUACAGGAUACGUCCCUGAUGGUGGAGCAGUGGGAUAGCUCGGGGGUACAAUAACAGGUGGUUUCGGCGGUAACGGAUAAGUGGGAGCCGGAGGGAUUGGGUAGACUGGAGGAAGUGGCGAAGGAGGUGGAGGAGGUGGCGGUGAAGGUGGCGGAGGAGGUGGCGGUGUUACGUAAGUAGGCGUUGGUGGUCGUACAUAAGAGGAAGGAAGAGGUGGUAUUAUAGAAGAUGGCCUUAUCGGGUACAACGGAGAUGAAGGAGUAGCAGGUUGUAUAACCGAAACUGGGGACACCGAAGGUGUCACUGAUGGAGGUCCCAUGGGUAGGACUGAAGACGGUUCCGGCAUUGAGGGUUUAAGGGGUGCAGGUGGUCCAACGGGUGAGACUAGUGGGGGAGAAAUCGGGGCAGGAGGUCCACGAGGUUCAACAACUGAUGGCACCGGUGGGGAAAUCGGGGCUGGGGGAAUGAUUUGUGGUUUCACGAGAGGUGAUGGGAAUCCAGGUAAAUAG